AUGUCUGAUUCGGCGGGCGCAAAUGCUCCCAAGCCCAGCAGCAGCGUCAAGCUUGUCCUGCUGGGAGAAGCAGCAGUAGGAAAGUCGUCCCUUGUCCUUCGCUUCGUCAACAAUGAUUUCCAAGAGAACAAGGAGCCAACGAUCGGCGCUGCUUUCCUUACACAGAAAUGCACCCUGCCCUCGCGAACAAUCAAAUUCGAGAUCUGGGAUACUGCAGGUCAAGAACGAUUCGCCUCCCUCGCCCCAAUGUAUUAUCGGAACGCCCAAGCCGCUCUUGUGGUCUACGACGUUACCAAACCCUCCUCUCUUACUAAGGCUAAGCACUGGGUGGCUGAGCUGCAGCGCCAAGCUAGCCCCGGAAUUGUCAUCGCCCUCGUCGGUAACAAGCUGGACUUGACCAAUGCGGGUGGCGAUGUUUCUGCGUCCCCCGAGCCUGAGUCUGAGCCGACUAGUCCCGACGGUGAUGAGGCAGCCGAUGAAGACGGCGAGGCACAAGAUGCGACUCCUGGCGAUGCACGAAAGGUAUCAACACGUGAAGGAACCAGCUAUGCUGAGGAGGAGGGCCUGCUUUUCUUCGAGACUAGUGCGAAGACUGGAACCAAUGUGGUAGACGUAUUCACGGCUAUUGCUAAUACUAUUCCUGAAAGCAGUCUGAAGACUGGCCGUGGCGCCGCUGGGUCUGGUCAAACUGCUCUUAGUGGUCGUUCUGGAGAAGAUUCUCGGGUCAACCUUGGUGACCGGGGUGCUGCGACAGCGAAAGAGGGCUGCGCUUGUUAG